ACUUCGCCUCUAAGUAUAAGUACAGGCCUUCCCCAGGCCUUUAUUGUCACUGUCUUCUUUCUUUUAAAAGGUUAUGGAAUCACUUGUGCUUCGAUCAAAGCUCUAAUAUUCCAAAAGAGUUUUGGUUUUGGACUCACUUGAGCUAUAGCAUUGCAGGCAGUGAUCAUCCUAUUAUAGAUUCCUUGACAUCUCUCUUUUCUCUGUGCAAAGCUCUCAUCUUUUGCAAAAUCUAAGAAGUGGGGUUUCAGUGAAACGGUUCAUAAUCAUAGGCUCUGUGUUGAAGAAGGCAGAGAAGAAAAGCAAGAGUCUUUGGUGGAGAUGAUGGAGGUUUCAGGCAAGAAAAAGAUCAAGCCUGACCCUUUCACUGAUAUUGUGUUUUCUUGGUCCCUGGAGGACAUUUUCAAUGAGGAUCUUUACAAAGACAAGGUGAAAAAGAUUCCUGAAUCAUUUCAAUCGGCUCAACAUUACUUUCGGUCUUAUAUAUAUCCUUUACUGGAAGAAACCCGAGCAGAAUUGCAUUCAAAUAUGAAAACUCUUAAUAGAGCACCGUUUGCUCAAGUAGUGGGUUUUGAAGAAGCCCAGCCAUAUGGAACAAAGCUAUAUGAUGUCAAGGUUGAUUACUGGCAUAACAGGUUCAUUGAUAGUGGCAAGGAGCCAUAUAAAACUUUGCCCGGUGAUCUUUUUGUUUUAGCUGAUGCUAAACCUGAAACUGUUUCCGAUUUACAAAGAGUAGGGAGGUCAUGGGCUUUUGCAUCGGCCACUAAUUAUGUCCCAGAAAGUGAGAAUGAAGAUGACAGUACCUCUCUUUAUUUCAAAGUCAUGGCAUCAAAAGAGUUUGAAGUCAAAAAUAGCACGACAUCACUUUUUAUAGUUUUCUUGGGGAGUUUAAUCCGUGAUGGAAGAAUUUGGAAAGCGUUGCACAUGUCCAGAAAUCUGAAUAUUAUCAACGAAGUUCUAUGCACUGAUUCUAUGGUUCAGAAAGGUUUCUGCUCUGAAAGGAAUAAUGACAUCUGGAAUCAGAGUAUAGUUGAGAGUUUAUUGAUGUAGAACAGAUAGCGGUCCAAUUUCAAGAACAAUUGGAUCGUGCUAAGGGUGGAAACCGAAAAGGGACUAGUAGACGUGAAAUGGGCCUCCGGAGUCCGAUCGGGACGCACUUUAGCUUUCCGGAAAGGGAAUCGCUCCAGAAAGCAAACUCGUCGCUAUGCCACGACGUGUGACCUUUUUCGGGCUUUCGGGAUCGUUUAGGGCCUCAAAAUGGCAUUUUUCUAUUUUACCCGUUUUUGGUUUUCUUAGUUAUUUUUGGAUUGUUUUCGUUUUUAUC